AAUCUAUUAAAAUUAGGUUAUAAAAGCGUUGCGUAAUAUCCUGAAUUGCAUCAAUUUGAAACCAUGCAUUUCAUUGUACUUUUGGUGGUAGCCAUUGUAGACAUUUCUAAUGCGAAUAAGGAAUUAUUCCAGAGUCUUCUAAACAAUUACAAUGACUCAGAAUAUUUCAGUGUAGUCUACAUGUCGUGCAAUCUUAAUGAUAUGUUUUUCGUUUCAAAUAUAUCAACGGAUAACUUUUUUCACAGCGUAUUGAUCACUAAUGAUGUAAUUAACGUGCCGUAUUAUCCUACAUUGACGAAUAAAUUGGUUUACAUUGCUAAUGGAAAUUGCAGUAAAUUUCCGAGUAUUCUACUCGAUGCUAAUCAACGCGAUUUGUUCGCAUCUCCGCUUAAGUGGAUCAUUUUUAACGCAAAGUUCGAAGAUUUCAAAAAAGUUAAUUGUUUAGUCGACAGCGACUUAACUCUAAUACAACAUAGCAGUGAAAAUGAGACUAAACUUACUAAAGUUUAUAAAUUUAGACAAGGCGAGGAAUUGAUAGUGGAGGAUUUUGGUCGUUUUAGAAAUCAUACAUUUAUCAAAACACCAAGCUUCAUUGAGAUCACUGCCAAUAGAAGAAGAAAUCUAUUUGAGAUGUAUUUACGUGUUUGCUUAGUCAUUACUCAUAACAGUACAUAUCAACAUCUACUAGAUAAAAGAGAGAAACACUUGGACAGCAUUGCGAAAGUAAAUUAUGUAUUUAUCCUACAUUUGGGCGAUUUUUUGAAUGCCACGAUGAAUUUUUCCGUGGAGCCGACUUGGGGUUACAUGGACAACAAAUCGAAUUGGAACGGAAUGAUUGGACAAUUGACAACUCACAGAGCGGAUAUAGGAGGUACUCCUCUAUUUGUCACUGCAAACCGGGUACCGAUUAUAGACUACAUCGCUAUGACCACUCCAACAAAAUCGAAGUUCGUAUUUAGACAGCCGAAAUUGUCUUUCAUCACUAACGUUUUUACGUUACCAUUCCAUAUUUCCGUUUGGAUAGCAUCAAUCAUUUUAGUCAUCAUCACAGCACUGGGAUUGUAUUUAGGAAUUAAAUGGGAAUGGUACAAAAAAAGGAAUGUCCGAAAUUACGAAGUCAUUGACCACGAAUCUGAUGUAGAACUAAAUGAUUCGAUCGUGGACGUCAUGUUCUUAGCAUUUGGAGCAAUUUGUCAGCAAGGAGCCAGCGCAGUUCCAUUUACCUUAAACAAUCGAAUGAUUGUCCUGCUACUCUUCACUUCGCUCAUGUUUCUCUACACAUCAUAUUCGGCGAAUAUCGUGGCAUUGUUACAAUCGUCUUCUACGAGCAUCCAGACACUUGAUGAUUUACUAAAAUCCCGUUUACAAGUAGGAGUCGAUGAUACCGUCUUCAAUCGCUUUUAUUUUCCGAAUGCAUCUGAGCCAGUUCGAAGAGCUCUGUACUUACAGAAGGUGGCACCGGCCGGACAAACCCCACAUUAUUAUCAAAUAGACGUAGGCGUGAAGAUGAUGCGUAAAGGUCUGUUCGCUUUCCACGUGGAAACUGGGGCCGGUUAUAAGAUUGUUGGAGAAACUUUCUUGGAGGACGAAAAAUGCGACCUGAGCGAGAUCCAAUUUCUGCAAGUGCCUGAUCCUUGGUUGGCGGUGCAAAAGAAUUCCUCGUUCAAGGAAAUGCUAAAAAUCGGUUUACGGAAGAUCCAUGAAAGCGGAAUACAAGAGCGCGAAGUGUCGCUGCUUUACACAAAGAAACCUACAUGUCUUUCAAGAGGCAGCAGUUUUAUUGGAGUGGGAAUUGUGGAUUGUUAUCCUGCGGCAUUAGUUUAUGCAUGUGGUAUGGCCAUAGCAUUCAUAAUUUUUCUGUUGGAACUGAUUUAUAAUCAAUACAUUAAUUAAAGAGCGUAUUUAGUAUGAGUUUUGAAAAUUGUAAACAGCAAUAGAUGGUAUUUCAGUUUAAUCACAUAAAUGGAAAUACCACUUAUAUAAAUCCAUACAUAGAUUAAAUAAUAGUUGAUUCAAAUAUAUUUACAAAGAAGCUAGAGAGU